AUGACGACGUCAACUCCGUGUGACCUGAAUAACCUCGUGGAUAAUUCUUGUGCAGAAUUAAAUUUCAACGAGACCGGAAAUUUGACCGACCAGAUUGCUCCUGAUAUUCCCUACUAUAUGCUUAUAUACGUUACAACUAUCAAUGCUAUCAUUCUAUUGGUUGGUGUCAUAGGCAAUGUCAUGGUCAUUAUAGUAGUGGUAAAGGUCAAGGACAUGAGGUCACCGAUGAACUACUACCUAGUGAGUUUGAGUGUAGCUGAUUUACUCGUGCUGUUGAUUUGUCAACCGUCUGCACUGGCCGAGUUCUAUGCUAAAUCAAGAUGGUAUCUGAGUGAGACUGCAUAUUCAACAAUUGAGCAUUAA